AUGUACUUCUUCCUCCUCAAUCUCUCCCUCCUCGACCUUGGCUCCAUCUCCACCACUGUCCCCAAAUCCAUGGGCAAUUCCCUUUGGGACACCAGGGCCAUUUCCUACUCAGGAUGUGCUGCCCAAAUAUUUUUAUUUUCCUUUUUCAUGUCAGCUGAGUAUUCUCUUCUCACUGUCAUGGCCUAUGACCGCUUUGUUGCCAUCUGCAAACCCCUGCACUACGGGACCCUCAUGGACAGCAGAGCUUGUGUCCAAAUGGCAGCAGCUGCCUGGACCAGUGGUUUUCUCAAUGCUCUCCUGCACACUGGGAACACAUUUUCCAUGCCACUCUGCCAAGGCAACACAGUGGAACAGUUCUUCUGUGAGAUUCCACAGAUAGUCAAGCUCUCCUGCUCAAACUCCUACCUCAGGGAAGUUGGGGUUACUGUGGUUAGUGUCUGUUUAUUCUUUGGGUGUUUCGUUUUCAUUGUGCUGUCCUACGUGCAGAUCUUCACUGCUGUGCUGAGGAUCCCUUCUGAGCAGGGCCGGCACAAAGCCUUUUCCAUGUGCCUCCCUCACAUGGCCGUGGUCUCCCUGUGUCUCAGCACUGGCAUGUUUGCCUACCUGAAGCCCCCCUCCAUCUCCUCCCCAGCUCUGAAUCUGGUGGUGGCUGUUCUGUACUCGGUGGUGCCUCCA